AUGGCCGCGUCCACCCUGUCCGUCUGCUCCAGCGACCUGAGCUACGGCAGCCGCGUCUGCCUGCCCGGCUCCUGGGACUCCUGCCCCGACUCCUCCUGGCGGGUGGACAACUGCCCAGAGAGCUGCUGCGAGCCUCCCUGCUGCACACCACCCUGCUGCGCCCCCACCUCCUGCCUGACCCUCAUCUGCACCCCCGUGAGCGGCGGGUCCAGCCCCUGCCAAUCAGCCUGCACCAGCUCCUGCCCCUCCUCAUGCUGCCAACAGUCCAGCUGCCAGCCCUCCUGCUGCAGCUCCUCCCCCUGCCAGGAAGCCUGCGGUGCGUCCGUCUGCUACACCCCUGUCUGCUGCAAGCCCAUCUGCUGCACCCCUGUCUGCUGCAAGCCCGUCUGCUGCACCCCUGCCUGCUGCAAGCCCCUCUGCUUCACCCCUGUCUGCUGCACCCCUGUCUACUGCAAGACCUCCCCCUGCUCAGCCCCCUCCUGCUGCCGGCCCAGCCCCUGCUCCUCGUCCUGCUGCAGACCCUCCUCCUGCGUGUCCCUGCUCUGCCGGCCCGUGUGCAGGCCCGCCUGCUGCGUGUGCGCCUCCUCCUGCCAGCCCAGUUGCUGCCGCCGGGCCUCCUGCAUGUCCCUGCUCUGCCGGCCCAUGGGCUCCCGCCAGGCCUGCUGCGUGCCCGCCUCGGCCCCGAAGUCCUGCUGCUGA